AUGGGGAGCACUCCCUCUAUGCUCACCCAAUAUGACAUCGAGGAGGUCCAGGACCAUUGUAACCACGCAUUCUCGCAGCAGGAGAUCGUGUCGCUGUACCAUCGCUUCUGCCAGCUUGACCGCAACGGAGGUGGUUUUGUCUCCGCUGACGAGUUCAUGUCGGUCCCUGAGUUCGCCGUAAAUCCCCUCUCCCAGAGGCUCCUGAGGAUGCUGGAUGGGCUCAACUUCAAGGAGUUUGUAGCAUUUUUGUCGGCUUUUAGCCCCCGCACAAGCCCGCAGCAAAAGAUUGAAUUUAUUUUCAAGGUUUAUGAUACUGACUGCAACGGGAAGGUUGCUUUUGAUGACAUCUUGAGCAUCUUGCGAGAUCUCACAGGUUCAUUUAUGACAGAGCAACAGAGACAGAAAGUCUUGACUCAUGUGUUAGAAGAAGCUGGGUACACAAAAGAUUCACAUUUCACACUCCCAGACUUUGUGAAGAUUAUUGGCAGUUCUGAGCUCAAGAUGGAGGUUGAAGUUCCUAUUGACUAA